AUGGUAAAUAGGAAAGGCAUUAAACCAUCCCACAUUCUGUUUGCAGAUGAUGUGUUUUUGUUCUGUAAUGGAGAUAGGAGGAAUGUUAAAAAGUUAAUGGGAAUUCUUAAAGACUAUCAAUGUGCUUCAGGUCAAAUGAUAAGCAUGGAAAAAAGUAAGUGCUUUAUUGGUGGUACAAGUGAUAUAAGAAAAAACCAAAUUUCAGAAGAUUGUGGUAUCCCUUUGGCAGAGUUCCCAGAUAAAUAUUUGGGAGUUCAAUUAUUUUCAGGAAGUGUUAAAUCACAUCAUGUGUGGAAUGGUGUUGAGAUGAUGCAGGAUAGGCUAGCAGGAUGGAAGGGGAAACUACUUUCUUUUCAGGAAAGGCUAAUUCUGGUGAAGUUUGUCUUGAGCAGUUUACCAAUAUACAAUAUGUCUGUUUAUAGAUGGCCAAAAAGAGUAAUAAAAGAAUGUGAGAGGAUCAUUAGGAAUUUUUUAUGGACUGGUGAUCUCUCUCAUAGAAAACAAGUUACUUUAAAAUGGGAUAAAGUUUGCUCACCCUUGAGUGAAGGUGGACUUGGAAUUAGAAGAUUGGAAGUGGUCAAUAAAGCUCUUUUAAUGAAUUUAUUUUGGAAUAUUCAACAUGGAACAGAGGAAAUGGCUAAAAUUUUUCAAGCUAAAUUCCAGAAUAAAGAGGGAGAAUGGAUUAAAUACUUCAAGAAAUCAACUAUAUGGCAAGGAAUAAAAGGGGUAAAAAUAGAAGUACAUGAAGGUACUAGAUGUCUUGUUGGAAAUGGUGAAACAAUUUCUAUGUGGAAAUAUAAGUGGAUUCAAGAUCAAACAUUGGGAGAAAGUUUUCAGAACCAUUCUUUUAUCCACCAAUAUCCAAACAUGAAGGUUGCAGAUCUUAUUCUUGAGGGUGAAUGGGUAGUUCCAAAUGAUAUGUUGGGGAUGAUUGAAAUAAGUGAACUGCAUGUUAUUACUGGAGGUGAAGACAGAAGAAUUUGGUCACACACUAUCUCAGGUGUCUUUACUGUAGCAUCUGCUGUAGAAGAAUUAAGGGAGAAAUUUCCAAAGCUGCAAUGGACUUCUCAGGUAUGGCACCCAUCUGUUCAUCCAAAUGUCUCAAGAAAUAUGUUUAAUUUCAUUAAUCCAAGAUCAUUUGAUGAGAUGCUGAAGAUGGCAAAGAACAGAAGCCCAGCCAUCAAGGAAGUUUGGAGGGUAUCAUCUUUCAUUACAAUGAGAGAAUUAUGGUUUGCUAUAAAUAAAUGCAUAUAUGAAGAAGAAAUACUUUCCUUGGAGAUUAUAAAGAAAAAGAUACUGAAAAUUACAUUGGAAUGUGAAGUUAGGAUGAAAGCACCAAUGUGGAAUGCAUCUGAUGACUUGCAAGUGCUAAAAAAUCUUGGACUGAAAUGCAGAAAAGUUAAAAGCAUGAGUGUCAAAGAAGUUUUUUUCCAUCUUCCUCCUGCAAAUAAGAUACUACUGUGUUGUGAUGGUGCUUCAAAAGGCAACCCUGGAAUUUCAGGUUAUGGUUUCAUUGGUAGAUCAAGCACUGGAGAGUAUUUAGUUGCAGUUUCAGGUGGUUUGGGGGUUUCAACUAAUUUUUAUGCUGAAAUACUAGCAAUCUUAAAAGCAGGAGAAUGGGUUGUUAGUAAAAAGCACAAAGAAGUUCUUUUCAGAACAGAUUCAUCAGCUGCAAUUUUAGCUUUUCAAAGCAAAAAAAUCCCUUGGUUUGCUGUUAAAAGAUGGGAGAAGAUAUGUGCUAACCUUACAUCUUGGUGCUUCAUUCAUAGUUACAGGGAUGUUAACUUUUCUGCAGAUGGUCUAGCAAAGAAAGGAAAUAAUCUAGCAAGAGGUGAAGAAGAGUCUUUGAGACAAGACCUGAAUUUCAAGCUACACUGGAGUUACCAAACAGAUCCUAUUACAUAUUUUGCUGAAAGCAAACCUGCUCUGGCAUAUUUUAUAUAUAUUCUAUUUCUUUUUGUAAUUUCCAUUUCAGUUCCUUUGCGUAAUAACUUUUGUAACAAUUUGUGA